AUGAAGGGUCCCUGCAAGGCAUCUACGAAGAAUGAAGAUCAAGAGGGAAGAGCAGCUGCCACUGCGCGUCAGGCGGAGGCCCCGGAGGCCAACAAUUUCUGGACCGCAGAUUCCCACUUUGCUCUGGAAACAGAAGGCACCCAUAGUCUUGGAGAACCGGUCAUGGCUACCCACUAUUUGGAGUCUUGCCAGGCCCUUAGUGUUGUGCCGGCAUCUUGUCUUCUGCGCCAAGGGAGCGCUUCUGAAUUGAACCUUCGACAUCGUGGCCUGGGGCCCCAGGGGGCCCGGGCUCUGGCUUCCAUGUUGACCUCUAAUGUCUACAUCAAGCGUCUGGAUCUUCGGGACAAUGGGCUCUGUGGGGCCGGGGCAGAGGCUCUGGCUGAUGUCCUGUGUAAGAACAACAUUAUCUCUGAUGUGGACCUGUCAGACAACCAGAUUGGAGCUGCAGGGCUCCAGGCUAUCUGUGCUGCCCUUGCCUUAAACCCAGCUGUGCAGAAGAUGCAACUGGGAGGAAACAGGCUGGAGGAAAAGGCUGCCCAGCACCUCGCUGCUCUUCUGCUGCGUCACACAAGCCUGAAAUCCCUAGACCUCAGCUAUAAUCAGCUCAAUGACCUGGCAGGAGAGACACUUGGACCUGCCUUGGCAGAAAACACAGGACUCACAGAGCUUAACCUCAGUUGGAAUCAUCUUCGAGGCCCAGGAGCCAUUGCACUUGCCAAGGGCCUGGAGGCAAAUAUAUUCCUGAAGGUCCUAGACAUCUCUCAUAAUGGCUUUGGAGACUCAGGAGCAGCUUCAGUAGGUGAGGCCCUCAAGGCCAACAACGUGUUGGAAGAACUAAACAUGAGAAACAACCGAAUCUCCAUGACAGGGGCCUUGAAGUUGGGGCUGGGUCUGCAAGUCAACCAGACACUGCGGAUUCUUAUUAUUUCCAAGAAUCCCAUUAGAAGUGAAGGAUAUGUCAGUCUUCUUAAAUCUGUCCGGAACAACAGAUCAUCUGCCUUGGAGCUACUGGACCUCUCGGAGAUCCAAAUGAACAGAGAGUGUGAUGACCUCACCAACACAGUGAACGCAAUUCUUCCAGGACUUUGUAUAAAGAAUAACACUUCCAGAAGAAAAGACUGGCCACCAGUCUCCACACCAUCCCAACUGGCAUCUGCUCCAACUGACUCUGGUCUCGUCUCUAGAAUGCCACUCUAA